AUGCAACAAACAGCAGAGACCGAGGGCCACAGACAGAGACCGGGGGCCACAGACAGAGACCGAGGGCCACAGACAGAGACCGGGGGCCACAGACAGAGACCGGGGGCCACAGACAGACGGGGCCACAGACCGGGGGCCACAGACAGAGACCGGGGGCCACAGACAGAGACCGAGGGCCACAGACAGAGACCGGGGCCACAGACAGAGACCGGAGGCCACAGACAGAGACCGGGGGCCAGAGGACAGAGACCAGACAGAGACCGAGACCACAGACAGAGACCGGGGGCCACAGACAGAGGCCGAAGGCCACAGACAGAGACCGAGGGCCACAGACAGAGACCGGGGGCCACAGACAGAGACCGGGGGCCACAGACAGAGACCGGGGGCCACAGACAGAGACCGGGGCCACAGACAGAGACCGGGGGCCACAGACAGAGACCGGGGGCCACAGACAGAGACCGAGGGCCACAGACAGAGACCGGGGGCCACAGACAGAGACCGAAGGCCACAGACAGAGACCGAGGGCCACAGACAGAGACCGGGGGCCACAGACAGAGACCGGGGGCCACAGACAGAGACCGAGGGCCACAGAUAGAGACCGGGGGCCACAGACAGAGACCGAGGGCCACAGACAGAGACCGGGGGCCAGAGACAGAGACCGACGACCACAGACAGAGACCGGGGGCCACAGACAGAGACCGAAGGCCACAGACAGAGACCGAGGGCCACAGACAGAGACCGGGGGCCACAGACAGAGACCGGGGGCCACAGACAGAGACCGGGGGCCACAGACAGAGACCGAGGGCCACAGACAGAGACCGGGGGCCACAGACAGAGACCGGGGGCCACAGACAGAGACCGAGGGCCACAGACAGAGACCGGGGGCCACAGACAGAGACCGAGGGCCACAGACAGAGACCGGGGGCCACAGACAGAGACCGGGGGCCACAGACAGAGACCGAGGGGCCACAGACAGAGACCGAAGGCCACAGACAGAGACCGAGGGCCACAGACAGAGACCGGGGGCCACAGACAGAGACCGGGGGCCACAGACAGAGACCGAGGGCCACAGACAGAGACCGGGGGCCACAGACAGAGACCGAGGGCCACAGACAGAGACCGGGGGCCAGAGACAGAGACCGAGGACCACAGACAGAGACCGGGGGCCACAGACAGAGACCGAAGGCCACAGACAGAGACCGAGGGCCACAGACAGAGACCGGGGGCCACAGACAGAGACCGGGGCCACAGACAGAGACCGGGGGCCACAGACAGAGACCGAGGGCCACAGACAGAGACCGGGGGCCACAGACAGAGACCGGGGGCCACAGACAGAGACCGAGGGCCACAGACAGAGACCGGGGGCCACAGACAGAGACCGAAGGCCACAGACAGAGACCGAGGGCCACAGACAGAGACCGGGGGCCACAGACAGAGACCGGGGGCCACAGACAGAGACCGGGGGCCACAGACAGAGACCGAGGGCCACAGACAGAGACCGGGGGCCACAGACAUAGUCUAUAG